UGUAGUCAAGUGUAUUGUAAUCUUUUAAAAAGAACUUUCCAAAGGUGUUUGUAAAACGUUUCAAGAAGUUAUAUGUAAAUGUAUUUUGUAAACUUGCCUUAUAUCUUUUGUUCUCAGUUUCAUAGUAAUAUAGGGCAUUAGCAGUCAUAUGAUAGUCAACACGAUCACGGGGAUGUUUGAGACUGGUGGAUCAAGAGUUAAGUUAUCCUUCAUUUCCAAGUUAUCCUUUACCAACUGUCUAAAUGGAGAACGAGGAAAAUAAAAAGCAGGCAGCAGAGCUUGAAGAAUUAAAGCGGAAACUGCGUCGUAAAGAACACAAACUCAAGAAAUAUAAACAAGCUAAAGAGGCAAAGAAGCAUGUUAGAGAUACACUGAGGCGACACAAUGCAGCCGGUGACACACAUGAUGAUCUGUGCAGUGACUCUAUAAAAACUGAUGCAGCAGAAAGGGAUCUGAUGUCCAGCAUGUCAAGAAUGGUCACAUUUAGUGAAAAAUCCCCAGAGGUUAUUAAUGUCUCUCCUACACCACAGUUUGAGGGGAAGAUAAUAGACAAAACACAUAAAUCUAACAGGUCACUCUCAAUUCAGUCUGAAGUAUUGAUGAAAGAGACUGAUCCAGGACCUUCAUCUAGUGGCAUUAGCAUUGAAAAGCUUACUGACACAGCUGAAACAGACACUGAUGUACAGCACGGGAAACCCUCACCCAAAAUUUCUAAAACUGGUAAUGAUAGUUCUGAAAUCCGUUCUUUGUCUGAAAUGGUCAGUCACAAAGACAACAAUAGCAUUUAUUUUCCUGAACAAAAUUCCCUUGUUUCUGACAAGAGAAAAAUAGUUGUGGGUGAAUCAAAUAAUAAUAAUGAAAUUGUUGAUUUGAUUUUAUCUGAAAAACAAUGUUAUGCCACUUUUGAUACUUCAACAAAUUUCCCUCAAACAGAUGACGAAACUCUUCCUUCUAAUCCUUGUUGUGGGCAUGAAGUGACCAGCUGUGAGGUUUAUGUCCAGACUCAAGAUUCACUUUACAUGCCUAGCAGUACUGUUGUUAACUGGAUUGAAAAUGUGAGUGGUACACUUAAGCCAGGAGACACGAAUGCUACUUCUAACAGUUUGCCUGCAAAUGAACACAAAAUGAAAGCUUCAGGAACAUGUUCUAAUUCCUUAGUCCAUAAAAGUCUUGAUAGUAACACAAAACAUGUACAGCAAGAAUACAAAGUUCAAAAGUCAAUUGAAAUAUGGUCUCAGGACCUCUUUGAUUCUGAGGCCUUGCCCCUGACUAGAAACAUUGAGAUAAAACGAAGCUGCAUCUCUUAUAGAGAACGAUGGAAAAAACGCAGAACUUCUCAGAAUAGUAAUUCAGGAGGAUCAGGAAGUGGGUCAGGUAAUCAAACAGAACUAAAGGAUAGAAGACUCAAUGAUACUGUGAGAGAAAAUACUGUUAGCCCAGUUUCUUGUGAGCCUCUGAAACACCCAGAGAUGCAUGCAGGUCCUGGUAACAAGGAACAUCUUACUGAAGAAAUAUUGAUUGAGGAAAUAGAACAAGAAAUGAUGAAGGAAUUUUAUUGUGAAAUAUUUGAACAAGAGAAAAGAUCAGAUUGUGAAAUAACUGAAGCGGAUAUGAUGGAAGUGAGCGAUGAAGGAGGAGGAAAAACAUUUCACGAGAAAAACGACUUGACCACUCUAAACACAGUAGAUGAAAUGGAGUCUGAAUGUAAAAAAGAUAAAUUAAAGAAGGAUAGAGACAAAGAUGUAAAACAAGAGAAUGGGAGAUUGGCUAAAGUGCAUUCUUGGGAGGGAGAACAAAUCCAGUCCAAGUUCUUAGAGAAUUCAGUCAAUGGACUCUGUGCAAAAGAUAUUUAUAAGAAGAAUCUUGACAAAGAUAGUGUUCUUGUAUCAUUUUGUGAACCAGAUGUUAAGAUCGAGCAGCAACCUAAGGCUUCUCAUGUUCCCAGAGAUUGUAAUAUCAUAGAUGAUGAGAAAGAUACUUUAUUAGAUUUUGUUCAGGACACUCCAGAAAAAUUAAGUGAUGCAACUCAAAUGGAGAAAAGAAGAAAGAAUGAUUUUACAAUGGAUUUAGGGUUUGAAAAAAUAGUGAGGGGAAAUGAGAUUGAGGAAUGCUUAAGCAACACUGAAUCAAAUAAACAAGCAGUAAAUAGUAAUGAAAAGGAAGAUGCCAUUAGUUCUGCUGAAACACUGUUGAUGAAACCAGUCAAGUUUACAGGUGAAGGAAAUACGAGGUUUCACAAUUUGUCAGCCAAUGAGAAGCACGGGAAAGUUCUCACCUCUUCUCUUAUUACCUUACGCGGUGGAAGUGAGCAGUGUAUCCUCAUAGUGCAGGAGUUUGGCUUUUCUCUGUGGAAUAGAGUUAGACAGGACAGGGUAAAAUUAAAUCAUCACAUUGUCGACAAGGGUAGCAUUAACGGGAAGCAAAGUUCAAAAGGAGAAGGCUUAAGAGAAGAGAAGUGGGAAACAGUAGAUGAUGCCUCACACCAUAUUGGAAGAGCUUCUGAUGUAAGGGAUAUUGUAGCAGUGGGACUACCAUCAGAUGAGGAGGCUAGAUACUUGGUGGCCGUAACUAAACUGACAGAAAAGGAUGUGUGGAUACUGUAUGUCCAGUUCAGCCACAAGGAGAAGUGGCAGGUUAUAGAAAAUAGACUUGACCUUUCGCUUUGUAAUACAUACAAGAAUUUAGGCAUCUGUGCUCUCAGUGAAUGGAGUGUUGCUAUUGCUUGGUCUUCCAUGGAACCUUCUACUGCCGGGUGUUUUGUAGUCAUGGACAUAGAUGUGACAUAUUCUAGACGCAGUAAACAGUGGGAGCUAAAAUGCCACUCGUCAACUCGAUCACCCUUUUGGGAAGAACCCGUGGAUAGUCUUAUUGCUCUUCAUCAACCAGAUCCUAAAGGUGUUGUGUUGUGCUCUUCAAGGAAUAGUCUGUAUGUAUAUGAUGCUAUGGAAGAUAUCAUCAUUGAGAAAGUUCACUUGCAGGCUGCAGGACUUUCAUGGGCUGUAGCUGUUGAGGACUUGGUGUUUCUCAUAGGUAUGGACAUCAUCACAAGUCAGCUAUAUGUGUUGGUUCUAAACCCCAUUAAUGGCUUGUUCGAGACCUUCUCAAAGUCCUUGCCCAAUAACCUAAGGAUGGCUGAUAACAUCAGUUGGGAGUCAACAUCAAAUUUUAGCAGAAAUGGUAGAGUAACAGGUGUCUGUCUAGAGUCUCAGGAGCUUAUCAUUGUAUUUGAUGCUGGGACAGUGAUACACAUGUCCUUUGAUGCCUUUAGAGAAGAAAAUGUAUUUGCCAGAAGAUGAAUACAUUGAUGAAAUUUUUUUACAGCAGUUACAUACUGUACAGUAUUUAUUUGUACUUAAGGUUAUUGGUUCCUGCAAGUCAAUUAAGACACAAUUUGGGCAACUUUUACUUUACUAUUUAAAUUACAUACAGUCCCGUGUUAUGAACACCGAUACUUACUACGGGGUUCCCAAUACUGUAUAUUCUUCAAAAAAAUCUGUAAUUAAUAUACUAUUUAUUACAUUAUGUACUUUAUAUUGUUUAUAUUAUUUAUUACAUUAUGUACUUUAUAUUGUUUAACAACACAUUAUUUACAAUAUAGUAUUUACAUUACCUAUUUGUUAUGUAUGGGCUACAGUAUUAUUGUUGUUUUGUGUGGGCAGGGUUGUGUUUUAACAACACCUAACCGAUAGAAUUAACACUUCUGACUUAUGAACAGGGUCCAGGAACAUAACCUGUUCAUAACUCGAGGACUGUCUGUACUGUAUACAGGUUGAACCUCAUUAAUCCGGGAAGCUUGGUGUAAUGAAUGAUUAUCACACCAUAGCUUACAGCCCAGAGAAUUACAACACAUAUAACAGUAACUGUACGUACGUGGUAUCACCACAUACCAGGUUGACACACCCUGGGUCAGGACCCAAGGGACCUGACCUUGUCCGCUAAUUACUUGAGGUGGUGGGUGACUUGACCUACAACCACACCUAACCAAGACACACCUGGGCAUGACCACACCUGGACACAGCUGUCCAGAUCUAACCAGUUUAGUGUUAAUUGGCAGAGGUCAAAAUGCCGGCUGUUGAACCCCUAUAUAAAGGCCCUGCAGUCCCGUUCACGGUCUCAUUCAAGCUUCAUUGUCAUUCUGUCAGUCUGAUUACUGUCAUCUCUUUCCCGUUCGGGUCGUCAUUCUGUUCACUCGCAGAGAGUCACGCUCGUCCCCUCCCCAGGUCGGGAGGGAGACUCUCUAACCAGACCCUGGCGUCACCAACUAAGCAGAGUCUCGCAUAUGAGACAGCCUAGCAGCACCCACUGGGCCUCCGCCAGGUCAAACGUGAGUCUUGUCAGAACUAUCCCUAGGGUGAGUUACCUACUGUGGGAAGUGUAUUCCUUUCAUGUUUGUGUCCGAGUCAGUGUCGAGUAA